UAGGUACCAGCACCGUAGAAUCAUUGACGGAAUCUCAAAACCUCAGAUCGACAAUAAUCAUCAUCGACAGUUAUGCUUCGAUUACACAGCAACAACAAUGGAGAAAUCAAACCCUAAAAAGAUCUCAUAUCUGAGAUUUCUCUUAGUUUUUGUUGUUGCCCUAAUUCUUGUAUGGGAACAAAAACUUUCCCCAGUUGUUGCUGAGUAUGAUGAUGAAGAUGCUCAUGAUUGUUGUAAUUGUAACCGGAAUUUGUCUCGAUUUCUUCCCUCACGUUAUAAGCAUUUUACUAAUAUGACCUGUGCGGAUCUUUGGAGUCCUUUCACUUUGAGGUACUUUAAAAGUGAAGACCAUAUCUUGACCGUCAUAGUAUCAGCAGCAUAUACCCACGGAUGGGUUGCAAUGGGUUUUUCGCCGACAGGUGUCAUGGCUGGUUCAAGUGCUAUGGUAGGUUGGAUUGGUGAACAUAACAAAGCUAGUAUCAAACAGUACUACCUGGAAGAAGCUUUGGAACUUAUGGUCAAACCAGACCAGGGUGAUUUAAACCUCACCCAUGUUAAGCCUGCUGUUGUUCUUUACAGAUCCACCAUUUACUUGGCAUUUCAGAUGCACUUUGGUUCACGUAAAUCUCACCAAUUCAUAUUAUUAGCAUAUUCGGACAAAACCCCCGUCGACGACCGCCUAAAAGAACAUAUUGAAAGGACAACCAUUACAUUCGACUUCAGUCAAGGUUCUUUCUCUGACGCAGUUCAGAAUCUCCAGGACAGUGUUAUGACAUUUAAGAACAGCCACAGAAUAUCCAGUAUCUUUGGAUGGGGAGCACUCCUUCCAGCCGGAGCUAUCAUCUCUAGAUAUUUUAGGCAUCAUGAUCCAUUAUGGUAUUAUCUUCAUGCCUCAAUUCAAUCCAUGGGAUCUAUUUUUGUGCUUGUCACCAUGUUGGCUGGUGAGCUGCUUUAUAGAGAAGAUGAACCAGAUAUCUGGUUGCAUAGAGCAUUCGGAUAUUUAACCCUAGUCUUAUGCAUUUUACAGGUUUUGGCAUCCGUGAAAAGGCCAAGCCUAGACUCGAAAAUGCGCUGGUAUUGGAAUUGUUAUCACGCAUUGGUGGGGAGAACUGCUCUCUUCUUGGGAGCUUUAAACAUUGUUAUUGGGCUUCAAAUUGGAGGCUCAAGCACUCCUUGGAAAGUUGGCUAUGGGGUUCUUCUUGCUGUCAUUCUCGUUACUGUUGUCAUUUUAGAAGCACUUUCAUGGUUGGGAAAGCCUGUCAAAGUACGUUCUCCAGCUUUCAAAACGAACUUGAACCGCUAAGGCUUCAUUAAGAUGCACAAAAUCAGAUGGGAAGUUCGUGAAUCUGCUUUCUGUAUCUUAAACAACUUGCAAGAUGUUCGUAAGAAAGUCGAGUCGUCUUGAAGGGGAUGAUUGUGGUUUAUAUUAGAAAGCACUUCAUCUUUUUCAUGGCAUGAUAUAUAAUGACCCUCCUCUAAAGCAGUCCUAUAAAGCUUUUCAAUAUUGGAUCUAAUUUCAAGGUAGCACAAUGGCAGAACAAACUCUGGUACGUCAUAUAAUCUCUUCAAAAUGGGCCGGUGCUAUUUUGCCUCAUUUAGAUGUAAUUCCAUAAUUCAAUAUGAAAGAAACAGGGAAAAUAUUCAUUUAAUGCAGCGUUAGAUGAAAUCCAAGCUGUUUAUUUGUAAAAUGAUUUGCAAAAUGAAUCUGUAUCCAUCAUGCUUUGUACAGACCAACUUUAGGCGUGAGAAAAAUUAGACGGCAUUUUAGGAGAUAAAAGAUUGUUGUGAUUACACUAUUUUGCUUUUAUACUUGUUUCCACAACUAA